AUGAUCCACGAAACCAAGAAUUACAUCCCUCAACACAAGUUAUCAGAGCUUUCCAUACAGAGGCGCCGAAACUUCUUCAUAUGGGCUCCGUCAAUGCGACUUGAGGGAGGUCUCCAUCUUGAUGAUCGCAAUCCAAUCACCGUGGCCAAGUUGUAUCGUUGGUUCGCCCUCAUAAUGGAGGAUUCCUCUCCAUUCUGUCUCCACCCGGUUCAUAUUCUUCUUACCAAUGCUAUCUUCCGUUAUCUCCCAGUGGCCGCCGGACAUGCACUUGCUCGCGAUUCACAGAUAUAUAUUACACCGGGUGACGUUGGGAUAUUCUUACCUGGUGAAGACCAGUCGAAGUACCAAAGCCAAAUUCGCUUCAACAAAGAGUAUUUGUCAUACUGGGAGGAGGACAAUUACUGGCCAGAAAGGCCACAGGCGAACUACAUGACUGAACCAUUUGUGGAGGAGGUGCGGAUACGGGACGGACGGCGCUGUGCAGUCACAGGGGCAUCAUCUGCAGAGGCAUCUCUUACUGUGUGUUGGAUUGUGCUUCCGUCAACCGCUGACAAGGUUGAACAACUUGUGCUCCCAGACCUGACUCCAAUCCGUGCUGAUAUGACACCGUACCUGGCGACGUCAAACGCAUGGACACUACGCACUGACCUCGCCGAGAUGUUCACGAAUAAUCAGUGGGGAGUCGAUGUUGAGGACAACUGCCGUGUCGUGUUUUUUGGUCUGUAUGACAGCUACGCACACCUCUUACCUCAAAUCCCCUCCAAUCUUCCUCUCGACACAGAAUCUGGCCCAAUUCGUGAACGGCUCAAGGAGCACUUUACACGGUGCUUAGCCUCGAAUAUUCUCGGUGGCGACAUUCACGACAAGUACGACGGUUUCGACUUGAAAGGAUACCUGGAUGAUAUGGGAUACUACGAGGAUGGUAUCGAUUCGAGUGACCCCGCAUGGCAAACCGAGCUUGGAAAAGAAGUUUGGGAACUGCUUAUCAGACGGAGGUACGCAGAACGGCAGGUUCAGUCUCCUCGCUACAUCAAUGUUGGAGAUGCUGGAGACCAGUAA